GAGCCGGCGAUCGGCGCGAGCGCAGUCACUUUUACAAGCGGCGCGAACCAGUCGUGCGUCGAAUACAGUUCAAAUUCCAAAUAAAAUGUGCGUGUGAAAAAACCGGAAUACUUUCUACGCUGCUUUUUACCGGAAUAACUACAUAAUAACAAUGACGUCAGAGGUUGACAAAAGACAGACAAGUUUCCCGAACCUAAAAUACCCGAUCCACCGCGACGAGGACCCAAAGACUCCUCAGCAAUGGAUGAAAGGAAAGAGGAUGCAAGAUGGAGCCGAAGGUCUGUGGAGGAUCCACGAUUCGUUGUAUGACUUCAGCGAGUUCGUGACGAAACACCCUGGCGGACCACUAUGGAUUUCUUCAACGAAGGGUACUGACAUAACUGAGCAAUUCGAGACGCACCAUCUCAAAGGCACCGCCGAGUUACUCUUACCGAAAUAUUUCACAAGAAAAGCUACAACGCCAAGAAAUUCUCCAUUCACGUUCGACGAGCAUGGUUUUUACAAAACAUUGAAGAGCAAAGUCAUGGAGAAAUUAAAAGAUAUACCAAAAGACGAGCGAGUAAAGAGCGACCAAGUGACUGAUAUGCUGCUCGCUUCAUUCGUAUUGCUCAGUCCCCUGUGCUGUUGGGCUUGGACUUACAAUUGGAUCCUGGGGGCAUCAUUGACAUUGCUAAACGGAUUCGUGCUGAGUGCUGUGAUAUCUUGCAGCCACAACUACUUGCACAGAGCUGACAGCUGGCGAAUGUACUUGGUGAACUUGGCAGGGAUAUCGAAUGAGGAUUGGCGCAUAUUCCACUCGAUGUCCCACCACAUGCACACAAACACUAUCCAGGAUAUGGAGCUGAGUAUGUUCGAGCCGAUCCUGCAGUUCCUGCCUUAUAGACACAAGCCGAUCUGGGCUCAAAUGGCUGCCUUUUACUGGCCUAUAAUCUUCAUGUUCGUCUUCGUGGGACUUUUCGUCAAAGAGGUUGGCACAUCGAUAACUAACUUCGAAGGGAAAAGGUUGUCCUGGACAAACGUAAUACCAUUCACGGUGCCAGCCUGGAUGUGGAUAGCUGGCGGGCUGCCUUUGCCCUGGGCUGUGCUAGUGUGGGUCGCCUCGUUCAUGACUGGGAGUUUCUUCUUCACGCUGUUUGGUCUGACAGCUGGUCAUCAUGCCCAUAUCAAUUUCUUUGAUGGAGAUAUACCAAGGCAAGAAUACUUGGAUUGGGGUUUGCACCAACUCGACACUGUUGUGGAGAGAAUCGAUUACGCAGGCAAUCAUUUUAAAUCGAUCACUCGGUUUGGCGACCACGCGCUACACCACUUGUUCCCGACUCUGGACCACGCAGAACUGAAAUACUUCUAUCCGAUUCUUUUGGAACAUUGCGAGAAGUUCGACAUGCCUUUACGAACAACAACAUUCUACGGAGCCCUGCUAAGCCACGCUAAACAACUUAUAAGAAAACGACCGAACAAUUUUGCUGUUAAGAACGGCAAAGAAUUUGACACUCCAAACGGUAAUCUUUUUACUAAAAAUCAAUUGAGUAAUUUCUUAAUGGCCAAUCAAUAAUCAUACUUCUGUAAAAGACUAUCGUGGCACUAAAAACCUAACAUAAUUCUCAAUUUACUGUAAAAUAUCAAUGUAGAGUCAAGAGUUUGCGAAAAAACAAAGUCAUAGGUUCCCAGUGCUCUGCAAAAUUCUUGGGAGAAUUGAAAGACAUAUUUUUAUAAAUAAUUGUUUGGUAGUGUCUAACCAACUGUUUCGCAAAUCUUGCCAAAAUUUAUUUUAUAAAAGAUAAAGAUUUAAUUUAAAAACAAAAUUAGUUUUUUUGUAUAUGGCGCGUGCCUGAAUUACAAAUGCAGUGCCUCAGUUGAUUUAAAAUUACAAUUUUAUGAUUAAGAGCUGACAACAAAAGUAAUGUAAACAUUAUAUGACACAAAUCAGAAUCAGAAUGAAUAUUAAAUGUAACCCAAAUAACCUUUCUUUGUGUUUCAUAAAAUUACCGAACAAAAGAAGAUCUUAAUUUAUGAAAUAAGAGUUGAUGUUUUUACAACUACAGGGGUAGUUAAAAAUAUACAAAUAAGAUGAUGAUGGUUUUUGAUAAUGGUAUUAUAAUUUUAAUUAUCGAUAUAAUUCAAGAGACUUUUGAAGCUUCCUGUGAUUGCCAAGUACGAAUGCAAUACCUAAAUGACUGACUGAAAUGACAAUCCUUCAUGGAUUUAAGUUUUAUGUCUUUAGUAAUAAAGUUUAAAAUCGAUAGAGGAUUUCGUCAGUUGCUGCCUAUAUUGAUGUGUUGACGACUGUAUAAUAAAUGUGAUAUUUUUAGAUUAAAUAUUAAAGGGUCAUAUUAAGAUUGUAAUUUAUGUAAGUACCUAUUUCAUAGUUAGUAAUGGAUUUUAAUUAAUAUAUUGAUAUUAUUAACAUUUCCAUACCAUGUUUGAGCUUACGAGAA